AUGGACAGGCAGUUACUGGGCUACACCGAAGGCAUGGCUGCAAUCACGCUAUUGCUAAUCCUUUUAGUUGCUGCUGCCGCUGAAGUCCGCGGCACUAGUUUGCAUGUGAUCGGCUUCCGCGGCGAAAUUGAUGAUGCUGUGGACAGGUUUAUGCGGUCGCUUAAGGUCUUUGGCUACCCAAAUACUAUUGUCGAUCUCUCCAAAUACGGUCUCAUGGCAAGGGAUGUUCCAUUUGCUCAAAAGGUGAAUUCCUUGAGGCAGGUGAUUGGCCAGAUUUCCACGGAGUAUGUCCUCAUCUUGGACAGUCAUGUAUCCGUUAUUCUCAACCAUCCUGUGCAUAUCAUUCAGAAGGCAGAUUUGUUGGCCGCUGACUUUGUCUUCUUGGAAACAGAUAUGAACUCGGGCAAGAAGCUACCCUCUGGGGAUGCGGUCUUCGAAGGGAUGCUGGCGCAGACAAAGAAACUGAAGGACCUGUUGGACAGCCUGCCUGAUGAAUCACCCUCUGAGAUCCUAAUGGACAAAUUUAUCGGCGAGCUUAAUACUGCUCUUACACAGGGUUCGGCCAAAGUUGUAAUCGAUGAGGGAUCUGUUCUGUUCCAAUCAAUUAACAAUGAUUCUGGUCCCGACUUGAAGAUCCGAUACGAGGGUGAUCGUGGGUAUGUGCAGAACGUGCAGAAAGACUCCGUCCCACAAGUCUUAAUUGCUGCACCCGAUGGGAAGCGGAAACUGAACUCUCUCUGCAAUUACCUGCUUCGUGCCUGGUCACCCGAGACAGGAUGCCUGAUCUGCGACGAAGAAAAACUCGAUCUCUCGUAUCUAGCUCAAGCUGAUUACCCAGUAGUGCAAUUAACCGUCUUAAUAAACCAGCCAACUCCGUUUCUUGAAGUAUUUUUUGAGCGCUUGGCGAAUCUCACGUAUCCCAAGAAUCGAAUCGACCUGGUCACCCACUGUACAAUCGAAAAACAGAAGUCCGUUUUGGAUAGCUUUAUUUCUACGCACUUGCAUGAAUAUCGUUCAAUCAGAGAAAUUCGUCUGGAGGCCAGUUCAAGUGCCGUGGAAACUUUCCGUGAAGCGAUGUCUUAUUGUUGGGAAAUAAGUCAAUGCAAGUAUAUGUUUUAUGUGGAUUCGACAGCCCAUUUCAGCAAGACUAAUACUUUAGAGCAUUUGAUAUCGACGAAGAAAAACGCCAUUACCCCCAUGAUGACCCGACCGGGCAAAUUCUGGUCCUCGUUUUGGGGGGCCGUCACUGAGGAAGGAGCUUAUGCACGUUCAGAUGACUACUUCGACAUCGUCGAACGCCGACAGACUGGUCUCUGGAACGUUCCAUUUGUUAGCAGCUCGAUUCUCUUGUCACGAUGGGCUGUGGGACAGAUUCGAGAGGUGAUAGAAGACAGCGGAUUUCUUCCCUACGACAUUGCGUUGGCUGCUCUACAGCGAAACGUCUUCCUCUUUGUUGACAAUCGGGAGGAAUUUGGUCACCUCGUAAACCCCGAAACUUACACAUUGGACCACCUUCACAACGACCUCUGGCAAAUCUUCGAUAAUCCAACGGAUUGGGAGGAGCGAUAUAUCCACCCGGAGUACCAUCGUUUUGCUAACAAGUCUACGACUUUGGCCGAUUUCGAACAACCCUGCCCGGAUGUCUUCUGGGUGCCUCUAAUGUCUGAGACCUUCUGCAAACACCUUAUCGAGGAGAUGGAAGCCUACAACAACUGGUCAGAGGGCAAACACUACGACCCUCGUUUAGAAAGCGGUUAUGAGAACGUUCCAACGGUCGACAUUCACAUGCGACAAAUCGAUUGGGAAGAACACUGGAUGCAAGUGCUUCAAAAAUACGUCUACCCCAUUCAAAUAAAACUCUGGGAGGGAUACUGGGAUAAGCCAACUGCUAGGAUGAAUUUUGUGGUGCGCUACAAACAGGGAGAACAACCUUCACUACGUCUUCACCACGAUGCUUCCACAUACACCCUCGAUAUGGCCCUUAACCGAGCUCAUAUUGAUUAUACGGGUGGCGGUGUUAGAUACCCGCGUUACAACUGUACCCUGGUCGACACGCGUGUGGGUUGGCCACUUAUCUUCCCUGGUCGUCUGACCCACCUUCAUGAGGGACUGGAGACCACAAGUGGAAUUCGCUACAUAUUCGUCACCUUCGUCAAUCCCUAA